UCAGAGUUGUGUGGGUCCGGCCGUCCGCGUGGAGCGGCGGGCGCGCGCGGUGAGUCAUGUGAGCGAGUGUCGGCGCGGGCGGUGCUGGUGGCGCGGGCGGCGCGGGCGGCGCGGGAGGCGGCGGCAUGCCGGGCGGCCGCCGGGGGCUCGUGGCCCCGCAGAACACCUUCCUCGAGAACAUCAUCCGGCGCUCCAGCUCCCAGCCAGACAGCAGUUUCCUGCUGGCGAACGCGCAGAUCGUCGACUACCCCAUCGUGUACUGCAACGAGACCUUCUGCAAGAUGAGCGGCUACAACCGCGCCGAGGUUAUGCAGAAGUCCUGCAGGUGCGCGUGGAUGUACGGCGAGCUGACGGAGAAGGAGGCGGUGGAGCGAGUGGACCGCGCGCUGGACCACCACCUCGCCGACCAGUUCGAGAUCCUGCUCUACAAAAAGAACCGCACGCCGCUAUGGCUGCUGGUGCAGGUGGCGCCGAUCCGCAACGAGCGCGAGCUGGUGGUGCUGUUCCUGCUCACGUUCCGCGACAUCACCGCGCUCAAGCAGCCCAUCGACGCCGACGACCCCAAGGGAGGCCUGUCGAAGUUCGCGAAGCUGGCGCGGUCGGUGACGCGGUCGCGGUCGGUGCUGGUGUCGGCGCUGCCGGCGCUCAAGGAGCCGCAGCGGCAGAGCCACCUGGCGCAUGUCAGUACCAACGCACCGCAUGUGAUGUCUCUGUCAGGCGACGUGCUACCGCAGUACCGACAGGAGGCCCCGAAGACGCCGCCGCACAUCCUGCUGCACUACUGCGCCUUCAAGGCCAUCUGGGACUGGAUCAUCCUGUGCCUCACCUUCUACACCGCCAUCAUGGUGCCCUACAACGUGGCCUUCAAGAACAAGACGAGCGAGGACGUCUCCCUGCUCGUCAUCGACUCCAUCGUCGACGUCGUGUUCUUUAUAGACAUCGUGCUCAACUUCCACACCACGUUCGUUGGCCCCGGCGGCGAGGUGGUCAGCGACCCCAAAGUCAUCAGGAAGAACUACUUCAAGUCCUGGUUCCUCAUCGACCUGCUCUCGUGCCUGCCGUACGACGUGUUCAACGCUUUCGACCACGACGAGGAUGGUAUCGGCAGCCUGUUCAGCGCGCUGAAGGUGGUGCGGCUGCUGCGGCUGGGGCGCGUGGUCCGCAAGCUGGACCGCUACCUGGAGUACGGCGCGGCGAUGCUCAUCCUGCUGCUGUGCUUCUACAUGCUGGUGGCGCACUGGCUGGCCUGCGUGUGGUACAGCAUCGGCCGCUCCGACGCCGACUCCGGCCUACAAUACUCGUGGCUGUGGAAGCUGGCCAACGUCACGCAGACGCCCUACUCUUACGUGUGGUCCAACGAGUCCGACGGGCCCGAGCUGGUGAACGGGCCCUCGCGCAAGACCAUGUACGUGACCGCGCUCUACUUCACCAUGACCUGCAUGACCUCCGUGGGCUUCGGCAACGUCGCCGCCGAGACCGAUAACGAGAAGAUCUUCACCAUCUGCAUGAUGAUAGUGGCAGUAUCGGAGUACCUACGGGAUGCUCUGAUUGGUAGUCGUAAUCAUCAGCGACUUACCGCUGAGUUCCGCUGUGUUGCAGCGCUGCUGUACGCGACGAUAUUCGGGCACGUGACCACCAUCAUCCAGCAGAUGACGUCGGCGACGGCCAAGUACCACGACAUGCUCAACAACGUGCGCGAGUUCAUGAAGCUGCACGAGGUGCCCAAGGCGCUGAGCGAGCGCGUCAUGGACUACGUGGUCUCCACGUGGGCCAUGACCAAGGGGCUCGACACUGACAAGGUGCUAAACUACUGUCCGAAAGACAUGAAGGCGGAUAUCUGCGUGCACCUGAACCGCAAGGUGUUCAACGAGCACCCGGCGUUCCGUCUGGCGUCGGACGGGUGCCUGCGCGCGCUCGCCAUGCACUUCCAGAUGUCGCACUCCGCGCCCGGCGACCUGCUCUACCACACCGGCGAGUCCAUCGACUCGCUCUGCUUCAUCGUCACCGGCAGUCUUGAGGUCAUUCAGGACGACGAGGUCGUCGCCAUUCUUGGUGCCGCGGUGGGGCAGUCGGCCGCCAACGUGCGCGCGCUCACCUACUGCGACCUGCACACCAUCAAGCGGGACCGCCUGCUCGAGGUGCUGGACUUCUACCAGGCCUUCGCCAACAGCUUCGCGCGCAACCUCACGCUCACCUACAACCUGCGACACCGGCUCAUCUUCCGGAAGGUGGCGGACGUGCGCCGCGAGCGCGAGCUGAUGGAGCGGCGCAAGCGCGAGCCGCAGCUGGAGCAGGCGCAGGACCACCUCGUGCGCAAGAUCUUCUCGCGCUUCCGACGCGAGCGAUCCGUCGCCGCCGCGCCCUCCCCCGCGCCCGCCCGCACCGCGCCCUCCCCCUCCCCCGCCCCCGCCCCCUCCCCCGCCCCCGCCUCCGACCCCGAGCGCGGGGAGCACGCCGCCCCGGCACCCGCGCCUGCUAGCGUAGUAGCGCGCGGCAAGUGGGGCCGCCUGCUCGCCAGUGGCGGCUCCCUGGACGCCGGCGCUGCUCCUGCGGCCAACGCGACGGCGACGACGACCGCGACGAGCGCGGGAGCGGAGGCGGCGAGGAGCGCGUUCGCCAGGAGCCUGAGCACGAGGGACCGCCCCGCCACAGUAGACUCCGCCCCUGCGCCGACUCUCACACUCAAAGCACAGUUCGCGAAAACGCGUUCUGCGAGUGCCCUAGUGAGUAGCACGAGCGCUCGCCAGGACACCAUCGAGGAGGAGCUGGACGAUCGCCGCGUCUCCUCACUAGCGCCCGCGCCCGCCCCCGCCCCCGCCCCCUCGCCCUCCCCCUCCCCCGCCGGCGCCUCCGCCCACGACGCGGCUCUCAAUGAGCUGCGGCGGGACGUGCGCAACGAGGUGCAACGGUUGCAGCAGAAGCUGGGCCGCGUGGAGGAUUUGCUGACGAUGUUGGCGGCGCGGCUGGGCGCGGACCCGGACGCGACCGCGCCCGCCGCCGCCACCGCGUCCGCGCCAUCAUCCGCGCACGCAUCCACCGAGGACGACAGGCCGCGCGCCGCCGUGGCCGCCGAUGUCGCCGCGCUCAGGAAGAGACGAUCCAAGGCGAGGAGUAAGGGUGCGGCGCCGCAAGUGCCGACGCCCACCACGCCCACAGAGGCGGACGGUGUUGAAGCAGGCGCGGGCGCAGGUGGUGCGGGUGCAGCGGCGCGGCGGAGAGAGUUCGUGUAGCGCGCGGCGGCGGCCGAGCCCUCCCCCGCCCGGCCGCCUGCCGACACCGCCGCGCCCGCGCCCGCGCCCGCGUCCGAGCCCGCGCGGUGAGGGCCCGCGCCUGUACAUAUCCUCGCCAUUCGACUCGCAGCACGCGCCUCGCGAGAUUGGACUCGAGCGCGAGUUGUGUUUUUCUACUGACUUCCCGGAUCGUGCGCUCCGGACCUUCGAAGUGAAUCGUACGUUAACGUUUAUGAUCCCUUGAUCUCGGUUGUUUUAAGCGACACCCUUAACGAGAAGCAGCACCGCGUUUGUUUAUGAUGUAAAUGUGCGUUCGUUCGGCGAUGUAUAGCGGUCGGGCGCGUUCGUCGGCGCGCAUGCGCAUGCAUCGCUCCGCCCGGCGGAGGACGCUCGUGGCCGCUCGUUGUUAUGUUUUGAAAGUUUAUCGCGUAGCACUCGACGCUCUCGGCUCGCCGCCCGCGGCCCGGCCGCCGGCGAUCCAACCCAUUGUC